CAAACAAACGCGUGCAACAGGUGUUCAGCAUCCUGCGGGCGUCAGACAGAAAAGAAGCGGAUUACUGGCCCACAUCGUCGGGCAAAACAUAGAAAGCAGGUUAGUUUAUCACUCAGAUACAAACUGGCGGACUGAGUUUUAUUCCAAGCAUGUAAAACGUGUCGCUUAUUAAAAUGUGCAGCGUAUGAACGGUAACGCAUCAGGCUUUGAACAUUUGGCUCUGGAAAAAAUGUGGUGCAGUAACUGAUAUUUGCAACAAAGUGAACUGACUGAAAAUAUCUGAAACUUUGUAAAGUACAAUGCUGAUCCCGUCCUCACCGUGAACUGAUCGGGCUCCAGCCAGGCAACCGCAGAGGAAAGGAGUCGCCCGAUCUGCAGCAGUCAUGGUGGUGGAGGGGGACAGGACGCUGCUCGCCGCAAGGCAAGGGGAUGUGCAGACUCUGAAAGUGCAAUUAGCGGCAAAAGCGCUCACCGGCGACGUUAAGGAUGUGCUGGGGGCUACACCGGUCCACCACGCAGCCCGGGCCGGGAAACUGACCUGCCUGCGUUUUCUGGUGGAGGAGGCAGGACUGUCGGGCAACUGCCUGGCGAACAACGGGGCGAGCCCGGCGCAUGACGCAGCCGCCACCGGCAACCUGGCCUGCUUACAGUGGCUACUGACCCAGGGUGGAUGUCGCCCAGAGGACAGGGACAGUUCUGGGGCCACUGUUCUCCAUCUCGCGUCCCGCUUCAGUCACCAUGAGGUCACCGACUGGCUUCUCAAGAGUGGUGAGGUGGAUCCUGGGGCCUCCACCGAUACAGGAGCCCUACCUGUACACUAUGCUGCUGCCAAGGGAGACCUGUCGUCUCUACGACUUUUACUGGGGCACAGCCCAAGCGUUGUCAACUCCCAAACUAAGAAUGGUGCCACACCGCUCUACCUGGCCUGCCAGGAGGGUCAUCUUGAAGUCGUCCAAUACCUGGUCAAGGAUUGUGGAGCAGAUCCAAGCAUCAGAGCCAAUGAUGGGAUGACACCACUGCAUGCUGCUGCCCAGAUGGGCCACAACACCGUCAUUGUUUGGCUGAUGAGUUUCACAGAGAUCAGCCUGACAGACAAGGAUGGUGACGGGGCCACGGCCAUGCACUUCGCAGCCAGUCGUGGCCAUGCGAAGGUGCUCAGCUGGCUGCUGCUGCACGGCGGAGAGAUCGCCACUGACAACUGGGGAGGGACCCCGCUUCACGAUGCGGCAGAAAAUGGUGAACUGGAGUGCUGUCAGAUCCUUGUGGUCAAUGGUGUGGACCUGGGCAUCAGGGACCAGGACAGCUUCACGGCAGCCGACCUGGCCGAAUACAAUGGCCACUCCCAGUGUGCCAAGUAUUUGCGCACUGUGGAGAACAUGAGUGUUGAGCACCGUGUUUUGUCCCGGGACCCCUCAACGGACCUCGAGUACAAGCAGCCGGACUCGGGCCUAUCGUCCCCAAACACCACCAUGCCCCCCGCCAGCCAGGUGGCCCACUUUGACAUCAGUUCACCAUCCAGCUCCCUGUCCAACUAUGACUCAGCCAACUCCAGCCAGUCCAGCACUGGGGAGAAGAGGAGCAGCUUAACAACGUCACGAGGCCCACCUGCCCAGCUGAACACAGUUGCACAUGCAGGUGCAUCAGAGUCGGCCAUUUCAGACAUGCAGGCGUACAUGGACAUGCUAAACCCAGACAUUGGCUCUGACAUGCCCAAGAAGAAUGACAUACCGGCUGAUGUCACCUCCAAGCCGCCGCCACCACCACCAACUUAUCCACCCCCACCUCCCCCACAGUGUCCUCCGGUACCCCCACCACCCCCGAGCUACCCAGCACCACAGCCCCCUCAGGAGCCAACAUCAGCAGAGUUCCUGAAGGUGAAAAGCAACUUGCGGCACGUGGAGUGCAACACCCGCAAGAGGGAGCAACUGACUACUGGAGAAAACCACGAGAAAUUGCGGCGUGUGGAUUCAAACAGGAAGUCGAGAAGCUUCAGCAAGCAGCCCAGCACUGGGGACUACUAUAAGACCCUGGGCAGCGACACAGCCGAGCCCCGUGGGAACAAAGGCAUGGCGCCCAACGAGGAGGGCUCCGUGCUACUGGAGGAGCCUAACGACAGCCCCGCCCACAGCUCUGAGAAUGGCACCACAGAGGAAUCAGUCCCGCCUCCACCUCCACCACCUCCGCCCCCUCUUCCCCCAAGCAACCCGACGCCAACACCCCCUCCACCUCCUCCGUUGCCCCCGGAGACGCAAACCACCCAGAAUAAUGCCAGUACCACCUCCACCAACAAGCGACGCCCAUCUUCCUCAUCAGGAAGCACAAAAUCUUUCAACAUGAUGUCCCCCACUGGUGACAACUCGGAGCUGCUGGCAGAGAUCAAAGCAGGAAAGAGCCUCAAGCCCACACCUCACAGUAAAGGCUACACCACCGUCUUUUCCAACAGUGGACCCACAGGCAACAAUGGAAACACCCCAUCUCCACCAGAGACCCGCACAUCUAGCCCACCAGCCAAGGCACCAUCACCUCCACCUUCCAAUACGUCUGUCACCUCCCCACCCAUCACCCCAAGUCCCAGCCCCAGUCCCACCGGCUCUGGAUCCGCCAGAACCAUGUCGACCUCUGCGAGCUACGAGCAACUGCCCUCCAACUCUGUGAUCAAUGGGAACAGUGGUAGCAGCAUGGCAGGAGCAGAGUCGGGACGCAAGAGUAGCCUUGCGGACGUGGAGGCGCUAGUUCCCACUCAUGAUGAACAGGGAAAAGCAAUACCUGAGUGGAAGAGGCAGGUGAUGGUGCGAAAGCUUCAGGCCAAGAUGCAAGAGGAGGAGGAGCACAAGCGCAAGGCGGAGGAGGAGGCAGCACGCCUAGCAUCGAUGCCAGCUUGGAGGAGAGACAUGAUGAAGAAGAAAAUGGAUGAAGAGAGAUGUGACAGGGAACAAAAAAGAAAAGCAGAGGAGCAGGCCAAACAGGCCAAGGAGAUAGAGGAGAAGACAGAGCUGGAGCGACUGCGGACCCUCGGCUACGACGAGACCAAGCUGGCCCCCUGGCAGCGGCAGAUUAUCUUGAAGAAAGGGGAUAUAGCCAAACAGUGAACUGGGGAAUGUCCCCCUCCUCUGCCCUGCAGCACUCCACACCCUCACACACUCACCCCAAGGCCUUCACUGAACGCCUCCCCAUCCCUGAUCCUCCACCCUGCACUGUACACUGGACAGUGGGGAAUGCUUGUCCCCUCUGAACCCUGUCUCACUCUUUGGCCACCAGAAACACAGGAUCAUGAUGUGGUUGCUGCUGUCCACAGGGGCUCUGAGGCUCAGCUUGGGUGAAACACAGCAGUGUGACCCUCCACCUCCCACUGAAUGUCUCUUGGACACAAACUCUUGGCACUGAUUCUCCUGCUCAAGACAUUUGCAAGAGAUGCAUCUGUCCUGAACUAAAUUAACUAUAUCUGUAGUAUAUUUCCAUUGGCUUUCCUGCAAAUCAAUAGAAGCUAUUUUACAUACUGUAGAAGAUUUAAGUGACUUGCGAUAGACAGGAUAGAACAGGCUACUUAUGAGCAUUUUUGCCAUUGGGGAAAAAGCCUGUUAUUGAAUUUAUAUUUUCCCUUUACUAGCCCCAUUAAGAAAUGAAUGGAAAAGUAGCUCCAUUACAGUUUUGUCAUCUAAACAUGGCAUGGAUAUAUCAGCAAAGGCUUGUUACAGCCUAAAGCAGCUAAUGCAUUAUGUAUGUAGACAGUAUCAUAUCUUUAUCAUGUUAUAUACUUAGUCAUGAGACUUUUGUAUCAAACUCAUAGGAGCACUUUCUAAAUUGCUUCAUUUUACUGCCAGAGUUGUAAUCCUAACACUACUCAAACUAAUCUGUUUCUUUAGAAAAGCUUGUUGUCUCUUCUCAGUGGAUUUGGAAUAUUAAUAUUAUAUCCUAUUUUAAAUAAUGUAAAGAUUAUGUAGCUGUGCAAAUUGAAUUUUAUUAAUUCUCACUGAAAAACAAAAGCUGCAUUGUUCCAAUUUCACUUUUCUAUAUAUGUGACCUAAAUGUUAAGCUAUUGUGAUCAUGAAUGUGAAAUGUUGUGUGCAUGUGUUGCAUAAUGUGUAUCAAAGCAUGUUGUGAUGUAUUAUUCAGCACAUUUGACCCCAGGGCCCUGGAUUUUCAGAGACAAACAAAGACACAUGUGGUUUACCAUCCCGCUUGUUUCUUUUUGAAAAUGGCCUUUUCAAAAAACAAAAAAAAACAAAAAACAAGUUAUGCACAUGUGAAGAGUGGCAUCUCACACCAGACGUCUCUCUGCACACUGAGUAUUGCAAAGGUUCAGAAAAGACAGUUUGUCCUGUGUGCUGUUCCGGCCUUUGUCCCACUAACCUGGAGGAUGAAUCUUUGAUGAGCAGAUCUGCUUACAGAGCGCUCUCUGUCUGCCAGAAACAGCCGUAACAUCUAAAUGGUUCUGGUCCUUAGAUAAUGUCAGUUGUGUUUUAGUAAUCUGCAGCCACUAGUGUGAGGAGUCCUCUCUCAAUACUUGACCGUGUCUUCAGUCAAAUAUCUGAUCACAAAAAAGAUUAGCAAAGGUUAUACAAUGUACUGUAUAAUUAACUCUAGACAUAAUUUUACAUAACAGAACUGACACAAAUGCCAAGUUGAUUAUGAUACAGCUAAUUUUAUUCAGAAUUUCUCUGGUCUAAACAGCUCCUCCCAGUUCCAGAGGUUUUAAAAAAUUCCCAGGAUUCACACAUUUUUUGGGCACUGGCUCAUUAAAUUAGCGGUUGAAUAUCAAAGUGUGGAAAAUCUGAGUUGAUUAUUUUUGACAGCGCAGGUUUAAAAUGUUGGCAAAGCACAAACCUGUGCCGCAAUGUUUAAGAGUAACUGAAACUCAAAUCAUGUCAAAUGUCUUUCUGAAUACAACACACUGGUAUUCCCACAUGAUGCAAAAUAUUCUCUAUGUUUACUACAGUUAUGUUGGAUGUACAUUUUUACAAAUGUAGGGUGUCGGGCGUACAUGUCGUCAUGAAAGACAUGAUCCUGGUUGGGGAAUCAUUUGGAAAUCUAAUUCACUUUCAUCGGAUGCCAUAUGAUGUUGAAAUUGAAAAUGAUGUAAACGUCAUUGCCAUUUGAUUUUCUAUAUAUAUAUAUAUAUAUGUCUAUCUAUCUACCUAUAUAUAUAUAAACUCUGUAUAUAGUGACCCUCUCAGAAUUUUGACAUUUCAUUGUUUCCAUAUUGCAUCGUAUUACAUGUCUCAGCCUUGCUUGAAUAGUAUGUUGGCAAAUUCAUGUAUAAUUAUAUUUUCAGACUAUUAAAAAUGAAGAA